AUGUCAGUAUGUGCUGCCCACCGUAAAGCAACACCAAGAAAGCAUGCUUCCGGAGGAACAGUUUGGGCUGGGAACCCGGCACAAACCGUUGGGUCUUGCCGGAGGGUUUUGACCGAGACCAGCCUCCAGCUCUUCGGUUCUUGGGUUGGGCAGGUGGAGUCGGGUUUGGGGUUGGAAAGUCUUUGUUGGUUGAAACUCGGGCGAGUUUGA